GUUCUAUGUGACUGAUGACGAUCGUAAUAUUCAUGAAAAAAUCAGUUGUGAAAUUAUCUUCAAUAAAAAACAACGCGUCUCGAAUAGCAUGAAAGAUUAAAGAUUAAUUAGAUAAUAUAAAAUAUCUAAGUGUUACAUAAGUUUUUUGACGCAGUUGAUCUAAUUAUUAUGAAGAACAAAAAUAAUUCGAGAACAUUGUGUUGUUGAUGACUUAUUCCGACCUAAAAUUUUCAAACAUUUUUGAAUAGAAAAAAAUACAACAACACAAAGUGAAUAGAAUAUAAAAAUAUGUCAGAGUUAAAAUUAACAGAAAUUGAAAGUGCUGCUAAAGAUUACAUUCUCAACUUGAUGUUAAAUGGUUUGAAACCAUCUCAACCAUGUGACAACAGUUUCGAUGACGAAGACUUUGCUUUACCAAAAUGGUACGACGAAAAACUAUACAAAAGAGGGCAAAGAUAUUUUCAAAAUAAUCGUUCGGGAAUCAUGAUGUCAAAUUUAUACGGAUUAUUUUCACUUAUCUCAGAACCAUCGGGUGCAAAAUUAUUGGAUCGAACUGGGAUGUCAAGUACUUCCGAUACAGCUAAAAAGCGAUAUGUAUCUACAACACUACACAUGUUGAGUUGGUAUCAAGUUGAACUCAAACCUGGUUCAAAAUCAUGGGAAUCAAUGAAACGUGUUAGAAAAAUGCAUUUACAUGCUUCGAGAAGUGCUGAACGAAAUAAACUCGGGAUGAUCUCUCAAUGUGCUAUGGCUAUGACAAAAUUUGGCUUCAUGGGGUAUGCUUUAGUUCGUCCACAUUUACUUGGCAUUCAACAUGAUGAUAAGGAGGAUCGUGAGGCUUUCGUUCAUUUGUGGGCUGUCAUUGGUUAUAUGUUGGGUAUUAAGGAUGAAUUUAAUAUGUGUUUGAAACCACUUGAAGUUGUUGAAAUAAUUUGUCGACUGUUUAUACGCUACGCUUUCAUUGCAUUUCUACAAUUUGACACACCAACUUUUAAGAAACUUGGAGAAGCGUUCAUUGAUGGCAUGAAAUAUUUCGUACCAUUUUCUUCUUUUGAAUCUCGGUUAUUUCUUGCGAGAAGACUUGCUGGUAUUCCUGGUUAUCAAUACGAUGUUGACAUGUCGAAAGAAUUUUUCCACAGACAAAUUUUUAACAAAGAAGAAUUUAAAAUGCUUGAAGAAAAUUUUCAAAAUGUUCCCGGCUUUGAAUAUCGAAGGAAAAUGGUUUUCAAUGAUAAAAUGAAUUUGUUGGAUGUCAAAAGAAUUGAUCAGAAGAAAAAUGAACAUGAAAAGAAUGAAAUUUUAUUAGACAAUAUGGAUGAGAAUCAAAAUAUUUUUGGAUAUUACAUGCGUAUUGAUGAUGCUAAUGGUAAUAAUAUUCACGACGAUGUUGAACCGCUGCUAGAAAUUUUCGACUUGAAACAUCCGAGUGAACUUUCAAUCACACAAGUUGAUGAAAAUAACAUUCAAUUAUAUUUAAAUGAUCAUAAAUUCAAAACUCUCAGUUCUAAAGAUCAAUGGCUUGUAAAAGCUGGCAUUAAUCAUGUUAACAUGAUCACUAAUAAGUUUGCACGACCUUUCUACGAAGCAGGUUUCAGUGUUGUGCUAUAUUUAAUGGAAAAAUAUCAUGGGGAACAAAAUAAAUAAAUUUUAAAUGAAUUGAAGGAAAUUUUUGGAUUUAUUACAGUUUUUAAAAAAAAUUCUAUAUCUGAAAAACACAAAUUUAAAAUAUUAUUUAAGAAAACAUAAAAUUCAUGACUGCUUUGACAAUAUCUCGUCAAUACUUGGCAACUUCACUGCUUCUUUUAACCCUUCAUUUUUCUCAGCUUGAAGAAACUCUUUAGUAUGACAACAUUUC